CUGCACUAGGUAUCCGUACAAUACGAUAUGCAGCAGCAUUGACCCAACACAUGUAACGCCAUUCGUCGUUCCACCUUGGAUACAUGAACUGAGCAGCCGGCGACGCGUCCAGCAACGGGAAAAGAUGUUGAGAGCUGCACUGGCGAUCCACCAGAAACCUCUAUACCAGUAGAGAGAAAGGAUUAAGAGAAAGUGAAAAGAGGGAUUGGUUAUGUUCGGGUUGACCGCGACACUUUCGGUAUUUUAUCUUUUAGAGAUACUUGAACGAGACGGGAACAUCCAGUAUCCGUUCCGUCCACAAUCACUCACCGCAACUAUCACGCCGACGAAUCAAUCACGAUGAGUGUUGCACCUCCCCCUGGGAUUCAGCCCAUCAUUAUGUCGCGGCCCCAAAUCGGCAUCGAGCGAUUACCAAGUCGCCGUAUGGGCAACGAACCGCGAGAAGCAAUGAAUUGCAAGUCAUGUCGGAAGCGGAAAAUUAAGUGCAAUCGAUUACGCCCGUCUUGCGAGGCUUGUCAAGUCUUUCAGUGUCCUUGCGUAUAUGAUGCGGUACCAAAGAAACGAGGACCGAAGACAGACGUGCUAGAAGCAUUGUUGAAGAGGGUAGAUGGCCUGGAAGCUCAGCUCAAAGAUCGCAGACAGUCGGAUGCCUCAACAACUAACGGACAAGCACAACAUAUUAGCAUAGAGGAAACCCUCUCUAGUCUUAGCUCUGCAGUAGCUGAACAAGCCUCCGAGCCAAAGUCAAAACGACCAGCUCUAGACAAUGUCCGGACAACGGAAAUAGCCGCCGAAUCUGCAGUAUACUCGCCUACAUUUAGCAACGAGCCCCCCACCCCUAACAUUCAGAUAGAUGCGCUUCUUGAUACUUACUUCAGUCGGUUCCAUGCAAAGCCUUAUCACAUCCUCGACGAAUCGUCAGUGCGGCAAAGGCUACAGCUAAGCCAACUACCCAGUUAUCUCAUACACGCCAUCUAUGCUGUUGCAGCCAGAUACACAACCUAUCCCACCGGAUAUCAAUCUGCGGUUAAAUUGAGUGAGGAAUAUGCUUUACAGUCCCGGAGCGAGAUUGAUACAGACGAGCCAUCUAUCGAUGCACUCCAGGCUCUUCUUCUCCUUGUCACCGCCUUUACUGCAGCUGGUAAGGGGAAGAAGGCCUAUAUGCUCCUAACAACUGCCAUUGGCAUGGCUAUGGCCCUUGAACUACAUCGAGAGGUUGACUUACAAACGCGUAUUACGACCGUUGAACGGGAAGUAAGGAGACGGUUAUUUUGGACCUGCUACCUCCUCGAUCGAUUUAUGGCAUGUGGCUCGAAGCGCCCAUGUAUUAUCAGCGACAGAACUAUUCUUCUGCGUCUACCGUGCUGGUCUCCGGGCCCGUCUGCUUUACCGGUCGAAGGCGAUUUCUUUCAAAAUGGAUCAAAUCUUCAACAUAUACAAGGUAGCGGGAGGAAAUCACAAGGGAGUAGUGGUAUGCUCAUCGACAUCAGCCGGAUCUUAGGAACGACGAAUAGGUAUCUGGCAGCUGGUGGUGUCAAGGGCGACUCUCACUUCCCUUGGCAUGCUCUUUCUGAGCUUUCUAAGAUCCGACAAGAUCUAGACAUUUGGGCUUCUGGAACCGACGAUGUCUUCUCCAGUGUGGAUACCCUGUUUGGACAACCCGACUCGACUGUUCUAGUCCUCAGCAAGCUUGUUUACCAUUUGAUUCACUGUCUCAUAUAUAGGCCCUUCCUACCAAUUAAUCUAGCAGAACUCGCCGGAACAAGUCAACAUCAAUCAUGGCAAAUAGAGGCAACGAACAUAUGCUUCUUACACGCUAACGCGAUUGCCGAGCUAGUCGAACUCGGAAAACAGAUGGCUUCUAUUGAAUGGCCUGCUUUUGUCGGAUAUUGUAUUUGCACUGCGGGCACCGUUCACAUACAUGGAGCCUACUAUAAUAAGAAUGGAGGAGGAGAAAAUAUAGGGGUACUUUCAUCCUCGUCUGAGUUUUUAUCCCGGGAACUACACCAACUCGGCGAACUCAGCUACACAUGGGCCAGCGUUGUGCCCCAACGCGAUACCUUACAGAAUAUUUACAACGCCCACGCCGAACUAGUCAAGGGUCUCGCAAACAAUUCGAUGCGGUACUCGCCAACGUUCAACCUCGAAGACUUCUUCGACCGCUAUUCCAAUAUCAGCAGGCCAGGUGGCCGCCCUUUUACGUUCGAUGUCGCGAGUUUAGGAUUAUCAGAUGCCGUUGUCGAAUUUACCUCAGAUGCAUAUAAUGGACCCGAGAUAUACGCGCGUCGCGUCCAUGCAGACACGGAGAGGUCAAGUCUAAAGCGAAAGAUCGCCGGUCGCAGACGCUCGGAGAUGAGGAGUCUAACGCCGGUGAACACAACCCACAACGGCCCCCUAUCCUCCGGCCUACCCACGCCCACGGCCCAUCCUCGCCAUUUUUCCUUCUCGGCUACUCAGAGCCCAUCGUCGAUACUCCAUGCCUCGAACACGCUUUCUUCUCAUGGCAGCAGCGCCUCCCAAUUAGCCCAACAAAGACGGGAAUCAAUAGACGACCAAGCCAACGCCGCCGCCGCCGCCGCAGCGGCAGCCGCGGGCUUCGACUCCCCGUCUGAACACCAGCAGAUGCAGUCGAUGAACACAGCCCCCUUCUCUCCUUCAUACCACUACGCGACCCCCAGCCCAAGCGGCGACAACGAAAGCUCCCUCGGGGUGACGAGCUACGACCCUAUGUUCGGCACCGUGCCAACGAACACCUUCUCCUCGCCUACACCCUGGCAUGGCGGUGCCAGUGUCGCAGGGCUGGGCAUAAGUGUCGGUGGAAAUGGAAAUGUGGAUGAACAGCAGCGCAAGAACCAUGCCCCGAGCCCAGGUUCCGCCAGUGGGAAUGGGGAGGAGAAAGACCCGUUCUUGAGCCUGCUGGAACAGCUUGCGGAGAACGAACAUGCGAUUGGCCAGGGGAAGGAGAUUGAUUUUUUCCUGGCUGGGGCGCAGGGGUAGGGGGUUUGCGCACUUACUUACCGGAGCAACUUGUUAAAACAUACGAUGACUUUGUGGUUUUGGGAGUAGGGGAUUAGGGUGGUCUGGAGUGAUUUUGUACUACGACACGAUGUGAUGUGAUGGGCUUCAUGACACUGCCUUUGGAUUGACGGGGCGGGCGGCUUGUAGUGUGUUUUUUUGUUUUUUACGACGGGGUUUACGAGGCACGCACGUACGCGAUAAUGCGGAAACGAAGAAGGGAGAGAGGGAGAAAGUGUGUAUUUAUAGGGUUGGUGGGAAAAGGAAAAACAACGUGGCUCACUUGGAGUAUAUAUAUACGCAUACCUACCUACUAUUUGUUGUAGGUAGGUGUGUUUGGCAUUUUAAAGGACUACAUACCUUAGGUACAGGUAGGAUAGCAUAGCGUGUUCAGGUGUGUUGAAGUGAAUAAUUGAUAUUUUUUAAUUUA